AUGGACCCCAGCGCCAGUCAGAACAGAGCUGCGGCCAGUGGCCGAAAACUAACUCUUCAAUUGUAUCGUCGCUGCUUUAAGGGCCGCAAGCAGCUGUUUGCAGAGUCGGACACGGCCGCAGCGAGUUACUUUGUCACCAACCCUGUUCCGCACAAGCAUAGCAGCAACUGGAAACCGAUAUUCUACCGCGGGGAUAACCCCAAGUAUACGCCGACGGCAACUGCUAUCGGACGGGCACGCCGUUCUGCCAUGUGGGGUACCUUUCGAGUCUGGAUAGGGGACGGCGUACAAGAAGUUCUCGACAAUGAACGUCGGCGACGAGAGAAACGGAAAGCGGAAAGAAAGAACAGGUGGAGGAAGCGGUUUGGGAGAGGGGUGAAGCCGGUGGACGUUGAAGAGGAGAAGGAGGUACAAGGGAAAGUGGUGAUGUUUCGGAUGCAACGCAAAGGAUUGUUCACUCGCAGUGUUGAGUGGGAGCUCGAAGGAGUGCGAUAUCGCUGGUCAGGGACGAGGAUGUUCGCCACUGGGUUCAUGAAAGGCGUCAAGGGGUGGUCGCAUAGCAUGAAGCUUAUUCGCAUGUCUGACCACGCCCUCAUCGCCUCCUUUGAGAAACAUAUACUUGGGUCUCGCAGGUCGAUCAAAACCGGUGGUCCUCCGAACAAGUCAAAGAUGUUGCUAGGCAAACUGAGUCUCUACAAUUUUCCUGAUGAAGCUGAUAAGCAGGGUACGAAGACUGGACACGACCGGUUGACCAACCUCGUAGCGCAAGUCGAUGCUGUUAACAGCAAGCGCUCCGAUCUCAAGGACGAAGAACAUCUGAAUCCCGAUGGGAUUCACUCAGGUAGUCUCACUGAGGAUGCAAUUGCCUUCACCUGCUGGAUUGCUGUAGAGGCUGAGCAUCGACUUCGAUAUAAAAUUCCGGACUUUUUGGAGGAGGUUGCAGAGAAUGUAGAAGGAGGUUAG